AUGUUAUCAAGAAAAUGCUCUAUUUCAUCUUUAUUAAAUGAAGGUAUAGCAAAACCUUCAUGUACAAAUUCAACAAAUCAAAGAAAAAAAGUUAUCUGUAAUUGCAACAAGUAUAGUAGGUCACUUGUUGAUUAUAGAAUGAAAGAUGCCUAUAAAAAUAGAAUACAACAAUUGCCAAAAAGGCAAAAAGAUCCACGUUCUUCACAAGAUAUCACAGAAGUUGAAGUCUCUGACACUCCAGCAUCUGUUGUGGACGAAUUUACAUUUCAGCCCAGAGUCAGAAAUCUGGCAUUAAAUAGUUCGGCUAUCGAAGAAUUUAGCUUAAACUCAGCAGAAAACGAAGACUUGAAUAAUGAAUUACUCGAUAUGUAUAGCGAAGAUAAUAACUUUUUAGAAAAUAGUACAGAAUUUGGUGAAAAUUUGGGUAAUAACAAUGUUUUUGAAGACUAUUCAGCCCCUGAUUUUGAUUCUAAAAUAUCACCAGAGCCUGACAAUUUAUUUACAGAUGAUCGAUUUAC